AUGGACCUCGUCGCAAAGGACCUCGACAAUGACACCCGCGGGUGGAUCAUGUGCAUUGUCAGCGGCAUCGCCUGCGUCUUUGGAGCCUCUGUCAUCUGCGUCGACGUCCUCGUCCGCUUCUUGCCAGGCAAGCAUAACUUCCGCAUCGAAGAGAGCAACGCCUUUCUGGCAUGCUCCCUGAGCCUCAGUUUCGGCGUCAUGCUCUUCUCGUCGCUCUACAGCAUGCUUCCCGAGUCAAAGGGCUACCUCAAGGACGAAGGCUGGGCCGACCAGCCCGCCGGCUUCGUCAUGAUGGCCUGCUUCAUCGCCGGCUUCUUCGGCAUCCAGGCCGUCUCGAGAUUCCUCCAUCAGUACAUACCCUCCCACGUCGUCGACUGCGAUCACUCCCACGACCAGCACCAGGCCGACAUUGCAUCCAAUACUUCUCGACAGCCCUCGAGGACCAGCCGCGCCCGACGACGACUCUCCCGCACCCGCUCCCCCCAUUUUGCCGCCAAGGACGCCUCGCUUGCGACCGCAGAGAACGGAGCUGUUUGUCCCUCCGAGUCGACGCCCCUGCUCGACCCGGACCGGGACGAGCCCACGAGCCUCUCUGAGAGGCAUGCCACCGUCCUGCACGAUGAGAUGUCGGAGCGCCCCAUCAACGGUCGAGAGCGCGCAACCACGACCGACGCCACCCUCACCCGCCGGCCCUCCAUGUACGAUGUCCAGAAGCGCGUCAUUUCCUUUGUCAAGGACACCAAGUGCAACUGCGACGAGGAGGGUCGAUGCUAUGGAUACACGGAUCCCUGUGCCCAGGAGUGCUUCAAGCACCUGUCGACGCGCUCCACAAACGGCUCGCGCCACUCGACCUUGCUCCGCACCACGACCGGGCCCUUUUAUCCCUCGGCCGGCUCUGUCUUCCACGGCGGCCAAGACUACGACCAGCACGACGCCCCGGAGCCCAUGAGCCCCAAGUUCCGCACCAGCCGGGCGGCGUCGCGCGAUCCCCUCGACACCACCGAGGAGCCGCACGCCUGCGGCAGGCAUUCCCCGGUCCCCACGGACGAGGGCGACGUCGAGGCUCAGCACCAUCAUCAUGUGCCUACCAACGCCUUCCUGUCCAUCGGCCUGCAGACCUCCAUUGCCAUUGCCCUGCACAAGUUCCCCGAGGGCUUCAUCACCUACGCCACCAACCACGCCAACCCGACGCUCGGCUUCAACGUCUUCAUGGCCCUCUUUGUGCACAACAUCACAGAGGGAUUCGCUUUGGCCCUACCCCUGUACAUGGCCCUUGGCUCGCGCUGGCGCGCCAUGCUCUGGUCCUCGCUCCUCGGCGGCCUGUCGCAGCCCAUUGGCGCCGCCGUCGCCGCAUUGUGGUUCAAGCUGGCCCAGCGCACCCACCUGACGCCCAACGCCGUCGCCUACGCCUGCCUCUUCGCCGUCACCUCGGGCAUCAUGGUCAGCGUCGCCCUCCAGCUCUUCGUCGAGGGCCUCAGCCUCAACCACAACCGCAAUCUGUGCAUCUUCUUUGGCUUCAUCGGCAUGGCUCUGCUGGGCCUGAGCAACGCCCUGUUUGCUGGGCACUGA